AAUUCUGCUCAACGCAGACAAAUCCCAAUGCGCUGUUGAAAUCACGUGGUUAUAGAUUCACUGACGCAAAACUUACGCGACUCCUACCGGUCAUCCGUCCAUGUGAAUGUCGUCGCAGCUCUUAUAAAAUCUAAUUUGUCAGGUCAGAUUUUGAAAUGCUUUGAUUGGUUGUACAAUACCAGAAGUCCAAAAUGACCACCAGGCUGCUGUGUAGAUGGGCACGACUGUUACCUCGUUGCCCUCAAGCUACUGUGGCCCCGGCCCGCUUACAGGCCCCCACAGUCCAUUCCACAGAGCCAGCGUGCCCGAUGUCCUCGUCUUGGCUUCGGCUUUCUGCUAGGCAUCUCUGUCAGGGCAAUGAAUUGGCCAAAAUGGAGGAGACACCGAUCGCAUAUGAACACACAGAACUAGUUAGACUGGUUGAAAAAGCAGCAACUCCACAGGAAGUGCUUCAGUUGUGGGCGGAGCAAGGUGGCUCUGCCAGUGAUGCUGCCAGAUGUCUGGUGCAGCUGAGCCUGCGGGUCGUGGAGAAGGGUGGGGAAGGAAUUCUGCAAGAUCCGCGCUGUGAACACAUGCUGGAGACCGUGAACUCUCAGGUGUCUUCGGUAUGGAAUGGAACUCUAGUAGCUCUUCUGCGUGCUCUCACUAUGUUGGGUCUUCCUAAUGAUGCACCACUGCUCCGCUCUCUCCAGAAUGAAGUGCUUUGGAGGAUCCGACGCCUCACCUACCGUCACCUGGCCUACCUGGUGGACUGGGUGGCAUUUCAGAGCAGCAGAGGGCAGGAAAAUGAAGCUCUAACCACAACCCUGCUGAAGCACCUGGAGCUGCGCUGGACAGAGCUGAGCGAGCCUCGCACCAUCACCAUUCUCAUGAGCCGGGCUUCACUUCUGUCCCCUUCUCUAAUGGACAAACUAGAGGAUAAGGCUCUGGAAUUAGCAGAGAAUUUCAAUGCAGAGGAUAUUCGCAGGGUAACAUUUGCACUGGCCUCCCAAAACAGGAGGUCCGUUCCCUUGUUACGAGCUCUCUCAUAUCACCUGAACCAGAAACCCACCUCAGAAAUGAAAACACCACUACUGCUCGACAUCGCAUACGCUUAUGGUAAGCUGAAUUUUCAUCAGACGCAGGUGCUCCAGAGAAUAGCUGCAGAGCUCUUGCCUAGGUUAUCAGAUUUGAGCUCCGUUGAUGUCACGCGCUGUGCCAAGUCUCUUGCUUUUCUCAAGUGGCUCCACCUACCUUUGUUUGAAGGAUUUGCACAGCACUUUGAAAGCAAUAGUGAUAAAUACAGCACUCUGCAGGUGUGUAACCUCCUUAUGUCGUUCGCCAAACUCAACCUUCAGCUCAGCAAAGGGGAGGAGUUUUAUGCAAAGGUACACAAAGCUUUGGAAGGUUCAUUUCAGACUUUGGAGCCUUUUCUGAAAACAGAUGUCGUUUGGUCACUGUGCGUGCUGAACCAGGCCAGGCCUGAUCACAUCUCCUCUGUUACAAAACCUGGCUUUCAAAAGAAACUAUCAGGUGGCAGUGUGGGUCGAACAGAGAAUUAUCGUCUGAAAUUGCUGCACAUCUCAGCAUAUGCUCAGCUGGAGCCUAUAGGGGUUGCUGCCGUCUCUUCUCCUAUUCUGCUGCCAGCUUCUCAGGUGAAAGCCGAUUCCUGCACCCCUCUGCAAAGUGACCUACACACAGCCCUCCAGAGCCUGACCAACAAGAGGACACAGGCCCUCCGCACUUCUGUCAAAACAGUUUACGGCUGGACUAUAGAUGGAGAGCUUGUUGUAGAUUCAGAAAAUAAGCCGAUUGACUUGGAGAACUUGAAAGCCCCUUAUUUACCUGGUGGUGGUGGACCUGAUGCCUUGCCUGCAGGGUCUCGACGGAUAGCAUUUGUUGCUUGGGAGUUUCCAAACUUUUGUCUCAGGAGUAAAGAUCUUUUGGGACGCUUCGCCAUGCAGAAACGCCAAUUGCAGCUGGCUGGUUUUAUAGUAGUGGAGGUGCCGUACUUCGAAUGGCUGGAGCUGAAAUCUGAUUGGCAGAAAGUUGCGUACUUGAAGGACAAGUUGGGGAAAGCGGUGGCUGAGGACAUGGCUAAGUGAACCGAAAGACCAACUGUUGGUCAGAAUUGUCGUCAUUUUCAGUGCUUUUACAAAAACGGCAAACCAGCACAGGCUGCUGAUAGACAUCAUCAGAUGAAGGCCAGUAAGGUAUAUGGACACAUGCAUAACAGGGCAACCACUUGAGCGGACUCAAGUCCAAUGAUCCAACUGAACAUCAUACUGGAGUACAGGUGUAAAAGUGCCUGGGAGCUGUAUGAAAACACAACUGAACUUUCAGAUAUGAGCAAGAUGUUGUGAUUUUACUGAUCUGAUAACCACAAGAGAAACAAUCCAACAGAUUUUUUUAAUUGCUUUCAAAAACAGCUUGACAAGCAUGCUCUCUACUUCUAAUAAUAAAUUAAAUAUUAUGCUUCUACUGUUUUUGAUAUGGUUGCCUAGACGACACUUAGGGCUUUCCUUGUUGCCAAGGAGACAGUUGUUAAGAUAAAUAUUUAUGGAGGAAUUUCUCAGAAAUGAGACUUGGGUACUUACUUUUAUUGCGGCUAGUAAGUACCACUCUGCAAAUCUUGUUAACAAGUAAAGCUGGACAAUAAAAUGGGUAAUAUGGGACACCAA